CGCCAGCCGCCGAGGGGCGAUGUUGUUACGGCCCCAUACACAAUACAUUGUUUAUUUACAAUAAAUCAUUACAGUGACCAGGAAAACAACGCUACGCACUUACAAACCAUAUCGUAUGGCUGACGAGGCGACUUCGGACUGCUUGUUCGAGCGGCUCCGUCUGCACCAGCAGCGAGCCCCAGACUCCACUGAGGUGGCCAGGGCUAUCACAGCUAGGAUUAAUUCCAGACUAACUUCUCACGAUAAACAUGUCCGACAAUGUACUCUCGAAAAGUUAUGGAACAAGCAGACGGGAGCCAUACAAAUGCUUUUAUCGAUUUUGGAGACUUCUAGGGAUAUGGCGACAACAACUUACAUAUCUUCGAUAUUGAGAGAAGCAUUAUGUUUGAAGCAAGGAAAGGGAAAGAAAUGUUCAGUUAUCAAUGAUACAUCAGGUUCAAAGAAGAAAGAAUGUAAAAAGACAGGAAAAGAAAACGUCCCGCCACUUAGUAAAAAGGCCAACAAUACGAUGCGGCUUCAGUGCGCACAGGAUUUUAUAUCGAUGAAGGGAACACAAACAAUUAUUAGAAGAGUUAUAUCGGCCGUGCAUGAUAAGCGUGAGCGACAUGCUGGUACAGAGCUAGUAAUACAAGACCUCGUAUGGAUACUAGCUCCUCUGAGUAGCCGAGAUACAAAAUUCGCAAUGAAAGUAAGGAUGUUAGGCUGCGUCAGAACUAUGCAUCUUAUUUUAAAAGGACACUUCACCGACAAUAAACUGAUAUUUCCUCUCCUAGUUAUUAUGAAACAACUCGCAAAAAAUCCUGUAACAACAUCUAUUUUAAUUCGAGACGGCGCGAUCACGACAUAUGAGCGGGUGCUUGUUAGUCUCGGCUUCAUACCGACCGCCAGACUGCGCCUGUGUCUAGACGCUAUUGAUUACUUCAGUAAAAACAAGGUAUGCUGCAUGCAGAUCGUGAAGACAGGUCUGUGUAGCGUGCUUCUCCGUGUCUUCGAUCGUUGGGAUCGCUACGAGGGACGCAUGCGGCUUAAGAUCUGUGCACAUAUACUGCAAACACUACAGCACUUGUGUAAUAUCAAAGCGGGUCGCAGAUCCCUCUGUACCAAGAAACAUGUACAGACCCUACACAGAUUUUGCUCCCAGUGUCCAGAUGAGCCAGAAUUUGAUGGACUCUUAGCGAGAGUUUGUUCCGUUAUCACGCUUUGUCUUAGACAUCAAGCACUUCCAGUUCCUGUUACAAGCCCAGCUUCUUUCAACCUCAAUCCUAUUCUGAAAGGAACGAAUACUUCAUGGCCAUGUCAUGAUGAUGAGGAAGAAGCGGCAAAUUCAGAUUCUAAGACAAUAAAUUCAGAUUUAGAUGAAGAUGGCCCUGACAUAGAUAUAGAAGGUAUUGACGAGUUUCCAGAUGUUGAAUAUGAUGAAAACGAUGAAAAAGUCAAGGGAGAAAAUGAAGAUGCUAAAAAUCAAAUGAAAAGUGCGGAUAGUUUGCAAAGUGCGUUAUGGAUUAACUCUAAUGAGAGAGACAUAGAAGACUUAAAAAAAUACUUUAUAUUUUUCAAAGAAUUUGGUUCCUAUAAUAGACAAGUGAAACUAGUAAAGAGCCGCUCGAAUUCACGAGGAUCAAUACUAGAAGACUUUUUGGUGACACAAGCUGCCAAUAAAAAUGUUCCAUCUUCUAUAAAUUUGUCGUUUACAACGAAUUUAGGGAGUGUGGAAUACGAUAUGAUGGGCUCGUCGCAGACACCUGUGCUGCCAGCUUACCACCGGAUACAUGAGAGCUCGUCAACCACAUCGUGUUCCUCAUUAAAAAUCCACAAAGAUAUAUCUAGGUAUACGUCAUUUCCGUCAGUAUAUUGUACAAUAGCGUCCCGCGUGAAGAGUAUCAUUCCGUUUGUGAAGGUCGCGUAUCCCGAUAUGAUGGGCGGACAGGGAUAUAACCAACCGGAGCCUUUGAACAAAAUGGAAAGAACUGCCUGCAGGAAUAAACUACUGUCAUGCGUUGAUAGAGCCAUAAACCCCGAGGCGUAUAUGAAUGAAGUAGUUUAUGAUUUAGAUGCAUUGAGUAGCUUGACAACAACCAACAACGAUUCUACCUCACAGAAAAGUUUCAGUUCGGAUUGUCUGUUUCUGACCAAUGCGGACGAACAAGAGAUAACUAAAGUAAAUAGUUUCUCAUCGCGUCUUAGUUUUGAAUCAAGAUUUGAAUCGGGAAAUCUGAGAAAGGUUCUGCAGACAGGUCCAAGAGAGUACGAGCUAAUCCUAAUGCCAGACGUAAACUCUACAAAGCGUCACCAAUGGUUUUACUUCGAAGUAAGGAACAUGCAACAAGGGCGGCCCUACAUAUUCAAUAUCGUCAACUGUGAGAAGUCGGAUAGCCAGUUCAAUUUCGGCAUGAAACCUGUCAUGUAUUCUGUCAAGGAGGCGGUACUCGGAAGACCAGGAUGGAUCCGGGCAGGUACUGACAUCUGCUACUACCGCAACAGCUACCAUUAUGCAAAUCAAAAGAGUCACAACAAAUGCUACUUAACAGUUACCUUCAACAUUGAGUUUCCCCACACAAAUGACGUGUGCUAUCUCGCAUAUCAUUUUCCGUUCACAUACUCUAUGAUGCUGACACGGAUUUGGCAUUGGAGCUCGCAAUUGCCCCUAAAUACAUAUCUUCGAGUGGAGCCUCUCUGCUACUCAAUCAACGGCAACGAAUUACCAGUCUUAACUGUAUCUGCUGAAGAUACGCCUUCUAACCCUGUUGUGGAUCGGGAGAUAAUAUUCCUAACCGCCCGAGUGCACCCGGGCGAGAGUAACGCGUCGUGGGUGAUGGACGGGACUUUGGGCUUUCUACUGGCGGACACAAGCCCCGCAGCCGCUCUUCGAGCCAAAUAUGUGUUUAAGGUCGUGCCAAUGCUGAAUGUUGAGGGAGUCAUCAAUGGCUGCCAUCGGUGCGGCCUAACUAAUGAAGAUUUAAAUCGACGCUGGUGCAAGCCAAAUCCUGUUUUGCAUCCUUCUAUCUACCAUACAAAGGGCUUAAUCGAAUAUUUAGUUCGGGUUUGGAAGAAGCCUCCACUUGUAUACUGUGAUUACCAUGGUCAUUCACGAAAAAAGAACGUAUUUUUUUAUGGAUGCGCCGGCGCAGAGAGCUGGUGCAGUAACGACAGACUCGUACAAGACGAACCUGUUAAAUACCUCAUGUUACCGGCGCUGAUGCACCGGAUAUCGCCAGCAUUUGCUUUGGGGUCAUGUUCUUUCCGAGUGGAGAGGGAAAGAGAGAGUACAGCACGAGUCACUGUGUGGCGCCAUCUUGGUGUCACCCGUUCCUACACUAUGGAAGCAUCUUUCUGCGGGUUUGACAGAGGCCCAUUUAAGGGAUUCCAUCUGAACACGCAGCACCUACAGAACGUGGGCAGCGACUUUUGUGAGGCGCUCAAUGGGCUCAACGAUAACGCGACUAAUGUCGACAUUCAGCUCACUAAGGAUAUCAAUGGAGAGAUAGCAAUAGAUAGCGAGCCAGGCUCCGGAUCAGACAGUGUACUGAAGACAGAUUCCGAUGAAGACUUUGACUAAAUAGACUAAGUAUUCCGAUUCAAUUCAUUUCUCAAUGUUCUCAACAAUGUUUUAAACAAUAAAUUAAAUUUAAAUCGUUGGAUAUAUCAUUAAAAAAAGGAAGAAAAACUCGAAAUACAUGUCAAAUCCAUUCGCAAACAUUGUCAUCAAAAAAUUAAGAGAAUGUUUUUAGUUUUGGUUGAGAAACAUUUUACCACCGCAAUGUGAAUCAAGGCUGUUAUAGAAAUUACGAAUGUGUGCUUAUUUUUCAGUGUGCUAGGGUAGAACUUUUAUUGUUAUAACAUAUUUUUUUAUAAAUAAUUUGUGAUAAAAGAUCAAUGUAUUUGCUGUUUUUAUUAAUUUUGUGAUAUGUUAAAUUAUUUUAUUCAGUCGCUUGUGAUCUCGAUAACUAAUAAAU